AUGGUAGUUGAGGCUCUAGUUCCUUUACUUGAGUGCGAUAUGCAAGCUGUGGAUGGGGAUUAUUCUGCUUCGCUUAGCAAUGAAACGAAGAAGCAGGGCCAUCAGAGAAUCCAUUCUUCCUCCAUGCAUGCCGGGGAACUUUGGACUGAUGGACUUAUUUGUGCUUUUGAGUUCGUCCGUGGAUCUAGGAAGAUACAGUCAGCACCACCAGUUGGAGAGGUGAACAAGAAGAAGGGAUUUCAAAGCAAUCAAAAGAAAUCCUUAGGAACUAGAAAGCCUAGUAGAAACAGCUUUCAUGAAGCAUCUUUGCCAGUUGAAUCUGGAGUUGGGGAUCUUGAUGAUUUAGAUGAUAAUCACUACUGUUGCCAGGAUUACCAGUCACCACAAUUCUAUGGCAAAGAGGGCCUUCCAAGAAGUUACUGGAGACCAGUUGGUUGGGCUAGAAUUUCUGAACUUGUCCAGGCAGUGCAUAGUGAUGCUGGAUGGGCCUCACGGCCACAUGAUUUCACAGAUGAUGAAAAUGAUGUUCCUGUUGCAGAUGUAGCAACUCCUUACUGGGAACGGCCAGUGGGGCCAACCUGGUGGUGUCAUUUGGAUGCUUCUCAUCCAUUUAUUACUACAUGGCUUGGUAGUUCUCACUGGUUACAUCCUGCUAUUAGCAUCGCUUUGCAAGACGAAAGUAGAUUAAUAAGUGAUCGAAUGAAACACCUUCUAUAUGAGGUCCCUGUUCGAGUUGCUGGUGGAUUACUAUUUGAACUUCUUGGUCAGUCUGCUGGUGAUCCAUUUGCUGAGGAAGAUGACAUUCCCAUUGUAUUACGAGCGUGGCAGGCACAAAACUUUUUGGUGACAGUUUUGCAUGUUAAGGGCUCUGCAUCAAACGUCAAUGUGUUAGGUAUUGUAGAAGUACAGGAACUGCUGGCUGCUGGAGGUACUAACAUACCACGCUGCAUUCAUGAGGUUGUAGCACACCUAGCUUGCCGUCUUGCACGAUGGGAUGAUAGGUUGUUUCGUAAAUACGUCUUUGGGGCUGCAGAUGAGGUUGAAUUGAUGUUUAUGAACAGGAGGAACCAUGAGGAUUUGCAUCUGUUCACUAUAAUAUUGAACCAAGAAAUAAGAAGAUUAUCAAGCCAGGUUAUAAGAGUGAAAUGGUCACUCCAUGCACGACAAGAAAUUGUUUUUGAACUUCUUCAACAAUUGAGAGGAAAUGCAACAAAAGCAUUGCUGCAAGGAGUAAUAAAGAGUACAAGAGAAAUGAUUGAGGAGCAAGAAGCAGUUCGAGGUCGCUUAUUCACAAUCCAAGAUGUCAUGCAAAGUGCAGUCCGUGCAUGGUUGCAGGACAGAAGCCUCACGGUUUCACAUAACUUAGGAGUGUUUGGGGGUUGUGGCCUUAUUCUCUCCAUCAUCACUGGACUAUUUGGCAUAAAUGUGGAUGGAAUACCCGGAUCUGAAGGAGCUCCUUAUGCGUUUCUUCUAUUCUCUGUGAUGCUCUGUGUGUUAGGAGCAGUGCUAAUUGGAAUUGGAUUGGUUUAUCUUGGGCUGAAAAAACCUAUUAUUGAAGAAAAUGUUGCAGUGAGAAAAUUAGAGCUUCAAGAGCUGGUCAGGAUGUUUCAACACGAAGCAGAAACUCAUGCGCAAGUACGAAAAACGGUGCCUAACAAGGACGUUCCUCAAACUGCAGCAGUUAGGCCACCAAAUGGUGCAUAUCAUCGUUUCAGGCUGUCAAAGUUGUUCAGUCUAUAGAUAUUUGUAGUGCUGUUGUAUGGUUCUACAUGUUAAGACUUUCGCGGAUAAUAUCAUCAUUCUGUAUCUCUGUUAUUAGCCUAUUAGGUGACGCCGGUUACUACUUACUAGUUAAAAUUAAAUUUUCCGAGGUCUAUCUGAGAAAUGAUUCGUCUCUUGAAAUCUGUUUGAGAUAUAAUUUUUCAUUGAUUAGAUGAACAUGAGAACGAAUGAAUCUAUAAUGCCCCUUUUUGUUUGGUAAUAUCAAUUAAUAUUUGUAUUAUUGAAGGAACAAUUCUAGGCAAUCCUAAAAAAAAAGAAAAGAAAAGAAGAAACGACAACAUGGUAUUUCAUGAGUUACCGUUGCCCUUCAAAGUCUUAAUCGACCAUCUACUGCAUUACAAUAUCACCAAGGAAGAGCAGAUGUAGUAAACUUACCUUAUCCUCUAUA